UCACGUGCUGUUGUGCAGGCACUUUCUAUUACAAUUUUGUUUCAUUUCAGGCAGAGCCGUAGCGACGGGGGUGCAAGAGGGGCAGCUGCCCCGGGCGCCGAACGGCAGGCCCUGGCAGGGUGGUUGGACAGUAUAAAGCGGGAAUGAAGAGAAUCUGAAUUCACGAUCUCGGCAGUGCAAAUAAGCGUUUUCUUUUCUUUGUUUACAGGGUUUCUGACGGCAACGGGAGAGGGGGGCUUCAGAUUUGCUCUGCCCUGGGCGCAAACUCGCCUCGCGACUGCUCUGACUUCAGGACUGACGUAGGAUUAUUCAUGCAAGCAAUUGUGUUAUUGGCCAGAAACAUGAACCUAGCACAUUGUCUUCAGGCUAUCGUGAUUAAUUGUGCUAACAGGAGUACUCGGCAUAUUACAAAACCUCUGGACAGAAUGGUACCAAGUUAAUACUGCGCUUUGACCAUACGAACCUUGGGUGUGACAAAACAUUUUUCUCUUCAGGGAUCGGAGAGAUAAGUGCAUUGAUGUAAGUGGGAACUUGGCUGAAAAAUGAAGCACCCGUCGGGAAUCAGGCGCACCAUUACAGCAGUUUCAUCAGCUGCAACACAGAUGAUGCGUUCCUAUCCCCAUAUCUCAAAGAAACGCAGUAGGAUAACACGUAACUGUGGGUGUGCGUGAAGUUCGACUACGAGAGAGCCAAAAGAAAGUACAUUUGCUUGUUUGGGACUGCCGAUUCUGUUCUGUGCAAGUGGAGACUUUUGUGUGUGUGUGUGUGUGUCUUCGAACUUUGAUCUACCGACAGACUGUGAAUCUUCAUAUCGUUUUCUUGAGAGCAAAGAAACUGUUACGAGGUGUCACAGUGUCGGUGUCACUCUGUGGUUAAGAAUGGGUGACCUCAGCGUCGGUACGCAAGAUGUCAAACUAUGCCUGCUUGGGAACUCUGGUGUGGGAAAAUCGAGCAUUGUGCAACGCUUUGUGUACAACACUUUUAAUCCUGCAGCAGAAAGCACCAUUGGGGCAUCAUUUAUGAUGAAGACCUUGAUGCUAGGUGAUGCAGUCUUCAAAUUUAACAUAUGGGAUACAGCUGGACAAGAAAGGUACCGCGCUCUUGCUCCCAUGUACUAUCGUGGUGCAGCUGCAGCAAUUAUUGUGUAUGACAUUACAUCUAUGGAGAGCUUCAACGCAGUAAAGACAUGGGUAAAGGAGCUACAGACACAUGGAGAUUAUAAUGUUGCCCUGGGCAUAGCUGGAAACAAGUGUGACCUGGAACAUCGGAGAGAGGUUCCGAGAUCUGUGGGGUCAUCGUAUGCAGAACAGAUACAUGCUGCUUUUGUAGAAACAAGUGCAAUGAAGUCUACAAAUAUUCAGGAACUAUUUACAGGAAUUGCAUCCCGGGUCAACAGACAAGCUGGUCCUUCCAAGCCACAGCUGAAGAUCCAGCUGAAUGAAAAUGCGAAACCUAAAGCGAAGUGCUGCUAACGUUGUGAAAGCACCCACGUCUACUGUGCUUUAAACUCGGACUGCAUUUACUACAAGCUGAAUAGGCUGUGUGGUUCAUGGCAUGGUCACUGACAGGUUGUGAUGUGCGCACAUGUUCGAACCUGAUGCUGUCCUGCAAUUUUUUUAUUAUUAUUUCUAGUGAUAUCCAACUGACUGCUCUACUUCAGAGUGUAAAAGGUCAAUAUAUUUUAAAUUUUUA